GGAGGAAGUAGGUCACUGGGGGUGGCCUGGGAAGGGGGUGUCUCCUCCAACUCUUCCUGCUCCAUGCUUCCUGGUUAUCAGCAGUUGAGCAGCUCCACUGCCGAGCAGUUCCUGCCUCGGAGCCGGAGCCGGCGGACCGUGCCCUGAAAUUGAUCUGACCAAUGGCCGGGAUGGGUCCGCUUCACUCAAACCAUCCCUGCAGGUCUGCCUGCCAGUUACUCUGCACCUGCUGUGAGUGCAAGAACCAAGUGGAGACACACUGGCACUGCAUGGUCUGCCAGGAUUAUGACUUGUGCGUCUCGUGCUAUAACGCUAAAAAGCAUGACCACCCAAUGGAGAAACUGGGUCUUGGCUUAGCUGCUGACCAGCAGGGUGCAGCCACCCAGAGCCCUGAGGAAUCUCGCCGCCUGAGCAUCCAGCGAAACAUCCAGUACUUGAUCCUAGCCUGCCAGUGCCGGGAUGCCAACUGCCCAUUGCCCUCCUGCCAGAAGAUGAAGCGAGUUGUGAAUCACACCAAGGGCUGCAAGCGGAAGAGCACUGGCAGGUGCCCCGUCUGCAGGCAGCUCAUUGCCCUCUGCUGCUACCAUGCCAAACGCUGCCAGGAGAACUACUGCCCUGUGCCGUUCUGCUUCAACAUCAGGCAGAAGCUCCGCCAGCAGCAGCUGCAGCCCCGGCAGGCCCAGGUGCUGCACCGGAGGAUGGCCAGCGUGUAGGCUGCCAGCUUGGUGGGCCAAAUGUAGGGCCAGCCUUCCCCAGCCCCUGCCACUCCAACUACAUCAAAUGUGCAGCUGCCAAACACUCAGAAGAUGGCCCAGCUCCACCUCUGGUGACCUUCCAACUCCUCUACAGAGUACUCAGCUAUCCUUGGCUGGGCGCCUACCUGCAACAGUAGAAAUAGCAAUGCAGAUUCAGACAGCAAGGAAUAAACAGCGCCAGAUGGCCUAUGGAAGACAGAUGCAAUUCCUGAAACCCCAGAAUUCCCAUGGCCCAAUGGACAUGAGCCCAUCUGUCAUGUCUAGAGGUCCCAGUGGGCAUCUGGAGCCAGGGAUGGGCCCAUAUCGAUGCAGCAGCAGCUCCCUUGGGCCCAAGGAGGACUGCCUCAGCCCCAGCAGCUCCAGUCCGGCAUGCCAAGGCUGGCCAUGAUGUCAGUGGCUCAGCACUGGCAGUCCUUGAACAUGGCUCUACAGCCAGGAUUGGGCCACUGUGUCUCAGCAAGCCUUACAAAACCUCUUGUGGACUCUCAGGUUCCCCAGCUCUCCUCUACAGCAGCAACAGGUACUUAGUAUCCUUCACGCCAACCCCCAACUGUUGGCUGCAUUCAUAAAACAGUAGGCGGCCAAGUACGCCAACUCUAAUCCACAGCCUCUCACUGGACAGCCUGGCAUGGCGCAGGGACAGCCAGGGCUGCAGCCGCCAGCCAUGCAAAGGGUCCACUCCAAUGCAGCCAUGCAGAACACGAAUGCCACACAAGCAGGCGUGCAGAGCUGGCCUGGCCCAGCAGCAGCCUCAGCAGCAGCUCCAGCCGCCCAUGGGAGAGAUGAGUCCCCAGGUGCAGCCAACGAAUGUGAAUCAAUAUGAAUCGUGGCAGUAUGUCUUCCCAGUUCUGGAACAUGUUGACACCACAGCUGAUGAUGUGGUGGUGAUGACGGUGGCAGCAGCAGCAGCAUCACAUGCAACAGGUGCAACAGGGAAAGUGGGACAGGUGGGCCAGCUCCCCCAGGCCUUGGGAGCCGAGGCAGGAGCCAGUCUGCAGGCCUGUCAGCAGCGACUCCUCCAACAGCAGAUGGGGUCCCCUGCUCAGCCCAACCCCAUGAGCCAACAGCAGUGCUCCCAAAGCCCACCCAGUCUGCACACCUCCAAAGCGAUUCCCAGCUCUCUCUCCAAUCAGGUGCUCUCCUCCAGCCUGUCCCUUCUCCAAGGUCAUAGUCCCCUACCCGCCCCGACCCAGUUCUGGGCCCUAACCCCCAUCCCCACAGACCUGGACUCAGCACCGAUGACACACUUGAGUUCAGACCUCCCACACAAUGCACCACGCAUACACCUCAGACAUCUUUUAAUAUUUGAGGAUCAAAAGUUAUUUUCCUUAGUAAGAGUGUUUGUACUGACAACAAUUUUUUUUACAAUCUUUCUUAGCCUAAGGGCCAUUUUCCUUGGAACCCAUAAGAACUGUGCAGUAGGCAUUAGAGGUUUCAAGCAAACUUGUAAGAUGAGCCUGAGGGAUGCUAGCAUACUAACAACAGAUUUUUGCCCUGGCUGCCUCCCCAACCCGUUUCCCCGUACACUGUGGUUUGAGUGCACGCUGGGAGGAGGCUGAGGCCCGAGGCCCCCCUGCUCUUCUGCCUUGCACCCCUACUGGGUUUCCUUCUUCAUUUUAAAUUUAUGAAAAUAUAUAACAUUUAUUACUAUACAGAUAGUUAGCAUUUUCCCCCUAUUUUCCUCAUUUUAUAGAAGUGUGAAAAUUUUCUAAAACCAAAGGGCAAAAGGUGUUAAUAUGAUUAUAAAAUUAUACUUCACAUAUGUAAAUAUAUUAAAAUGCCAUCAUCUCUCUUUUCGAUGCAAAGAUGUUCAUCCUGAUGAAAAUAUUUUUAAAAUUCCUUUUCUACCCUCAAGACAACUUUUUAUAGACCAAAAUAUUUUCUAUUUUAUAAGUCUUAGUGUAAAACUUCAAGUAUUCAAAUAACUGAUAAAAGAUGACUUUUUCAAAAUCAGGACUGGUUGUCAGAUCUACAUUUUAUAUUUUGUGGUUUCUGUUUCUUGAGAGAAGCUUUUUCAUGAUUUUUGCACAUAACAGUAAAAAAAGAAAAAUGAGUAAGAAGGUAAGGAAGGGUUGGAUGGGAUGACUUUCACACCAAGUGUCCCUGCUGGGCUUCUCUUGGCUUGCUUUCUUUUUCCUCCCCUAUUACUGGUUGUGAAUAAACUGUGAGACACACA